GGCCCGCGCGGCCCCCCUCGGAGCCCGGCCGGCCCGGGGAGCGGCCUGCCGCGGAAGCCUCCCGCGCCCUCCCGCCCGGCCCCGCCAUGGCGCUGCGGCGCCUCCUGCUGCUGCUGCUGCCGCUGCUCUCGCUCCAGCCCUUGGACCUGCUGCCCGGAGCCUGGGGCGCCCGCGGCCGCGCCGCCAACCGGACCCUGAGCGCCGGCGCCGCGGCCGUCGGGGGCCGGCGGCCCGGGGGCGCCCUGGCCCGGGGCGGCCGCGAGCUGAACGGCACCGUCCGGGCGCCCGGCGGCCCGGAGGCGGGGAGCCGGCGGGGACAGCCAGCAGCGGCGGUGGCGGCGGCCAGCGCGGCCGUCACCUACGAGACGUGCUGGGGCUACUACGACGUGAGCGGCCAAUACGACAAGGAGUUCGAGUGCAACAACAGCGAGAGCGGCUACCUGUACUGCUGCGGCACCUGCUACUACCGCUUCUGCUGCAAGAAGCGCCACGAGAAGCUGGAUCAGCGCCAGUGCACCAACUACCAGAGCCCGGUGUGGGUGCAGACGCCCAGCACCAAGGUGGUGUCGCCGGGGCCCGAGAACAAGUACGACCCGGAGAAGGACAAGACCAACUUCACCGUCUACAUCACCUGCGGGGUGAUCGCCUUCGUCAUCGUGGCCGGCGUCUUCGCCAAGGUCUCCUAUGACAAGGCCCACCGCCCGCCGCGGGAGAUGAACAUCCACAGGGCUCUGGCUGACAUCCUAAGACAACAGGGACCAAUCCCCAUAGCACACUGUGAAAGAGAAACUAUCUCGGCCAUUGAUAGCUCUCCCAAAGAGAACACGCCGGUCCGAUCGUCCUCCAAAAACCACUACACCCCCGUGCGCACGGCCAAGCAGACUCCAGGACAUUAUGGGAAGGAUGCUUACCGAAGUGGAGGACCUGAUCUCCAUAACUUCAUCUCAUCUGGAUUUGUCACAUUAGGAAGAGGACACACGAAGGAGAAGCCUCGGAUGAACAACAUCCUGACAUCGGCCACCGAGCCCUAUGACCUCUCCUUCUCACGCUCCUUCCAGAACCUGGCCCACCUGCCCCCAUCCUACGAGUCCGCAGUGAAGACCCACCCCAGCAAGUACUCAUCCCUGAAGAGGCUAACCGACAAGGAGGCUGACGAGUACUACAUGAGGCGGCGGCACCUGCCUGACCUGGCCGCCCGCGGCACCCUCCCCCUCAACGUCAUCCAGAUGUCCCAACAGAAGCCGCUGCCUCGCGAGCGACCCCGCCGGCCCCUCCGGGCCAUGUCGCAGGACCGGGUCCUUUCCCUGGAGCGAGGCCUGCCGGACGACUUCGGCCUGCCCUACGACCGCCUCCUCUCGGACGAGCAGCUGCUCUCCACGGAGCGCCUGCACUCCCAGGACCCGCUGCUGUCCCCGGAGCGGACGGCCUUCCCCGAGCAGUCCCUGGCGCGGGCCAUCUCGCACACGGAUGUCUUCGUGUCCACGCCCGUGCUGGACCGCUACCGCAUGACCAAGAUGCACUCGCAUCCCAGUGCCUCGGAUAACUCGUACGCCACCCUGGGCCAGAGCCGCACGGCGGCCAAGCGCCAGGCCUUCGCCUCGCGCAGACACAACACCGUGGAGCAGCUGCACUACAUCCCGGGCCACCACACCUGCUACACGGCCAGCAAGACGGAAGUGACCGUGUGAGCGGCGGCGGCCCGGGGUCGGCCGGGACCCGGGCCGCAGCUUCCGGGCCUGGACGCGGCCCCUCCCCGCGUCCUCUCUCGCUGGGGCCGGGGGUGGGCCGCCUCUCCCAGAAAGCCAUACUCCUGGGACUCGGCCGGUGGCCGGGCACAGCGCGCGCGCUGACCUGGGAUCUAGAGCGGUCACCCCCACUGUUACAGAAGAAUCGGAGGGGAGGGGGGAGAGGGGCGAGGCCUCGGUCUCCCUCCCCUCCCCCACUGUCACCACGUCCCUUUCAGUCCCACGUCCCCCUCCCCCUCCUGGGGGGCUCAGCUGCAGGUCCGUCCGUCGUCGAGAGACCCUGGCCUGACCCUGGCCGGAAGCUGCCCGCCCGGAUUUGACUUGGCCGAUGGGCUGACGGAAUAGGCUCCACGGUCUCUUUCAUUCACCUAAAACCGCAUCACAGAAAUCUUCUUAGUGCCUAAAAACUGCCUGCUCGCUCUCUCAGAGCCAGGGAGCUGCUGUGUCCAUAAGCACAAUAAUGAUUCUCUUCUGCCCGCUGGAACUCUCUGGUCCCCACCGGGUGGCCCUUCUCUCUGCUGACUCCCCGGGGCCCCGCCCUGGCCCUGUGCCCCUCCCCCAAGCCCCAGGACCUGGAGGGGGUUCCCUUCCUUCAGCUGCCGCCCCAAGGUUGGGAACCCCGCCCCUUUCCGGCUGGCUGCCCCGCCCCCAGCCCUAGAUUCCAUCCCUGGGUUCCCUGGGGCUUCCCUCUGGUCAUUCUAGAAGAGAGUAGGGACGGGGUGCAGGGGCUUUUGGGGUGGCCCUCCCCAGCAACCCGAUGAUCUCCACACUUCCUCCAGGCCUCCGGGUCUGUCUGAACCGUGACCUGCCCCUCUGGCCUGCCUUCCCCUCCCUGGCUCUUCUCCCCAAGAGGCUCUGCCCCCUGGCCACAGAGCAGCUGUGGGGAGGCCACUGUGACACCUUGGGCCUCGAAGGCUGGCCAUUCCUCCUGCCCAGGGCUCCCGCCACACGCACCAGGUGGGACAGAGGCGCUGGCUGCUGGGUGGACGGCCCAGCCCCACGCAAAGGAGGACCCCAGGCGGUUGUUCUACACCUCGACCUCUCCACUCCCUGCAUCACUGACGCCCCACCCCCCGACCCCCGACCCCUGUGCUUGGCCCCGUCUCUGUUUAGAGCCUGCUCUCUGCCAGUUUCCCCUCCUGCGUCACCCUGUCCCCCUCGCCCCACACCUCCCACCUUCCUGCAGCUUCAGGACUCUCUCCUGGCUGCCGCUUCUUUCUCCUGUGUCUCCUUUGGAUCUACCGCACAGAGAUCAAUUAGCAGAUGCAAAUAAUGGUACUCCAGGCUACUGGUCUGGGG